GCCGCGCGCAGCCACUGAGAACGCGCUCCUCCGGUCGCGCGCGGCGGAACGAGGCGAGGCGUGGAAAGCCGAGGCGAACGAGGGAACGCGGGAAACAUGAAGAGGCAGGGACUCUCCUCGGAGCGGAAACUGGCGUGGAUCUCGUCGGGGAAGGCCGGUGCGGCAGGAGCAGCAAAUGGAUUUCUCAUGGAAGUGUGUGUUGAUUCAGUGGAGUCAGCAGUGAAUGCAGAAAGAGGAGGUGCUGGUCGGAUCGAAUUAUGUUCUGGUUUAUUAGAAGGAGGAACCACACCCAGCAUGGGUCUCCUUCAAAUAGUGAAACAGAGUGUUCAGAUCCCAGUUUUUGUGAUGAUUCGGCCACGUGGAGGUGAUUUUUUAUAUUCAGAUCGUGAAAUUGAGGUGAUGAAGGCUGACAUCCAGCUUGCCAAGCUUUAUGGUGCUGAUGGGUUGGUAUUUGGUGCAUUAACUGAAGAUGGACAGAUUGACAAAGAACUGUGCAUGUCCCUUAUUGCUCUUUGCCGUCCUCUGCCAGUCACUUUCCACCGAGCCUUUGACAUGGUACAAGAUCCAAUGGCAGCCCUAGAGACCCUCUUAACCUUGGGAUUUGAGCGAGUAUUGACCAGUGGAUGUGACAGUUCAGCACUAGAAGGACUACCCCUAAUAAAGCGACUCAUAGACGAGGCAAAAGGCAGGAUUGUGGUAAUGCCAGGGGGUGGCAUAACAGACAGAAACCUACAAAGGAUCCUUGAGGGUUCAGGGGCCACAGAAUUCCACUGUUCUGCUCGAUCUGCUAGAGACUCAGGAAUGAAGUUUCGAAAUUCCUCUGUUGCUAUGGGAGCCUCACUUUCUAGCUCAGAAUAUUCUGUAAAGGUAACAGAUGUGACCAAAGUAAGGACUUUGAAUGCUAUUGCAAAGAAUAUCCUGGUUUAGCCAGACCUCUCUGAGAUACAUGAUGAUCACUGGAUAAAGGUAGAAGAAUAACCUACAAUUUCUUAUGAGACAGUUUUAACUUACUUCUCUUCACAUGGCCAUGGAGAAUGUUUUCCAGAAGAAAAGGAACUUGAAACAGAGAUACAAUCACUUUCUUUGCUUAAUCUUGCCAGCCAUUGCUGUCAUCAUGAAUAAAUCUGGUCUGUGCCUUCUCUGCAGACAGACUUAGUUUGUGGUGAACUGGGAAUACUCAGCUGCAAGGUACGAAUUUAGAGUGUGACUUCAGGAUCAAUUCAGUAGCAACGUUUUGCUUUUUCAUUUAUAAAAUAAAAAUUUCCACUCUAUUAUGAUAUGGCCUCUUAUUUUUACCCUGAAUGCACUCCAUAGCCAAGUAUGAAAAGGAAGAUUUUGUUUUGCUUUUUACUUCAUUUUCUCUUUUCAUGAUGUAUUUAUUGUAUAUGCUGUCCUAGAUGAGGUGUUAAGGAUGCAAAGUGAAGUGAUACAGCAUAAAAAUUCCCAGAGUUGAGUAGGAUAUAAAAGCUCCUAAAUUCAGCAUCAUAUGCACU